AUGGCAAUUUCAUCUGCACAAAAUCAUUUUAGAUCUAUUAGUUUGCCUUCAAGAUUACAUCCCAAUGCCACAAAAUUUGAAGCUGAGCAGCAGAAACUCAAAACCCGAGAAAUUUCGAAAAAAGCUGACUGUAUAACCUCAGAAGAUAUUCAAUCUGGGCUUCUAUGGCUUACAGAAUUAUACAACUGUGUUGAAGAGUUGAUGCAGUCUCCAAGCACUCAACAAUCACUUUUUCAACAUGAUCAAGAUGGAAAAAUGGUGGAAGAAUCGCUCGAAAACUCAGUCGAGUUGCUGGAUUCCUGUGGCACCAUAAGAGAAUUGGUUUUCACGAUCAAGGAACAAGUUCAAGAUCUUCAAUCUGCAUUAAGGCGCAAGGGUCAAGAUUCCAGCAUCCAAAGUGAUAUGAACAAGUACUUUUCCUUCAGAAAGAAAAUGAACAAAUCCAUAGCCAAAAGUCUCAAAAAACUCAAGCACAUGGAGAGCAAAAAUGGAGCAACACUUACAGAUAAUCACAGUCUAUCAAUGGCCAUCCGGAUGUUAAGAGAAGCAACAAAUCACGCGAUAUCCAUUUUUCGAAGUCUUCUGGUAUUCUUGUCUUCGCCUGCAGCUUCAAUGGGAGGAUGGUAUUUUGUUUUUAAGCUAAAAUCUGUGGCUUCUCACAGAAAUGAUGAAAUUCUAAGCGAAGUGGGAAGUGUAGAUUUUGCUCUUAAUUCCCUUAAUGCUCGAAUUAGAAACAAUGAUUCCAAGGCUGUUGAUGUGCAGAUGGCAUGCAAAAAAUUACAAAAACUUGAUGCCAGUAUUGAAGGUUUUGAGGCUGAAUUAGAGAGAUUGUUCAGGCAAUUGUUGCAAAGUAGAGUCACACUUCUAAACAUCCUUACUGACCAUUGA